AUGAAUAGGAUACUGAUCCCCCGAACCUUGCGCGGACCUAGGCGAUUCCUUGCAGUCGGCAUCAGUGCGGCGGCAUGCACCAGUUGCCUCGUGUUUCGCAAUCCAAAUGUUCAACUCCAUGUCCAAUCACCCGUUGAGAGGCCCUCGACGACUCCUAGAACUACAGUUCAGCGCUCUGGAUUCUCAACCAGCGUCAUACGCCAAAUUUCCAGUGGUAGUCUCGCGGGUUGCCUCACAGGGCUUCUCGCUGCCAUGCUCUCGAAAACGCUGAUAUUCAUUGGAAGCUUGAUUGCCUUAUCAUUGCACAUCUCGUCCAGAUUCCAUCGGGGCUUUUCCUACAUGCCCCGGAUCAGUCGUCUGCUUGGAUCGUCGACGAUUUAUCAGGCUGGCGUGGAAAACCCGUGGUUCACAUCUUCGUUUGCGGUAGCAUUUGCGCUGGCCACUUUCGCACGUCUGUAG